AUGCCCCGGAUAAGUCCCCGGGCCGCCGUGAGGGCAGCCUCCAAGGCGACCUCUGAGCUAUCUCAGUCCACACCCAACCCCAUAACCCCAAUAUCAACCAUGAUCAACCAGCGGGCCAUCCCCUCCGAUGCCAGCGAAGAGCUCGCGGCAUUCAGAUCAAAAGCUCCAAAGCCAAAACCAGAACAACCCCCACCAGUCUCAACCCGUUACCCUCAUCAAAAACCACAUCGUGGUCAUGGACCUGCUUCACAACAACAACAACAACAACAACAACAACAACAACAACAACAACAACAAGCACGACCAGAGAAAGAACCCAUCCCCAUCGAUUUUACGGGCUUUGUUCCUAGGGAUAAAUUCGAAAUCUCCACCUCGCUCCCCCGAUCCUACUUUCUGGGCCAUCACAGCGCCGCCCUCAACAAAAUGCGCCAGUCCCUCUCCAACGUGGGCCUCAUCCUCGAGCUUCGAGACUUCCGGGUCCCAAUCUCCUCUUGGAACCCGGUAUUGGAAGAAUCGCUAUCCUCCACCUCCGCUGGUGUCCCGAGAUCACGGAUUAUCGUCUAUACCAAACGGGACCUCGCCCCCCCAGCGCAAAUGACUCCCCACGGGCGACCGGUGCCGGGCACGCAACCACCGGGGAAUGUCGUUCGGGUUUUGAGGACCUUUCACAGGCCGCCGAGGGUGAAUAAUGUACAGGACAUCAUUUUCUUGGGUAUGGGGCCUCAUGGAGCGUCUUUGCAGCCGUUGCUGGACGGGAUAAGGGAUGUCGCACGGGAGAUGGACUCCCUCACUGGGCUGAGGGUGAUGGUGGUGGGGAUGCCGAACGCGGGCAAGUCCACCCUGCUGAACAGACUCAGGAGUCACAGUCUACAUUUGGGCAAGGCGGCCAAGACGGGGGCGCAACCUGGCGUGACAAGAAAGUUGGGAACGCCGGUUAGGAUCCUUCCCGGGGAGGACUCGGGCGAUCCGGAGAGCAUGGGGCUGGGGGAGGGGGUUUUCAUCGUCGACACGCCGGGUGUGUUUGUGCCGUACGUUUCUGAGCCGGAGGCCAUGUUGAAGCUGGCGCUGGUGGGGUGUGUAAAGGACGGGAUCAUUCCUGCUGUUACUGUGGCUGACUACCUCUUGUAUCGGUUAAACCUGGUCAGGGAGACGACAUACCUGCAAAGGUUUGGGAUGGGGAGGCCGACGAAUGAUGUGCAUCAGUUUUUGAGGGCGGCGGCAAGACGGACGGGGAAGUUGAGGAAGGGAGGAGAUGAGAGUAUGGAACAUGCGGCCGACUGGGUUAUUCAGGAGUGGAGGAAGGGGAAUCUGGGGAGGUUGUUGCUUGACGAGGUGACCCCCAAGAAACUGGAGGAGGCGAUGGAGCUGGCGAGGGAGCCGAGUCUGAGUAUGAACCAGGCGAGGAAGAGGGAGAAGGUGGCGAGGAAGGAGAGGAAUGAGGCUAAGAGGGCUGGGGGUGGGGAGAGUGCUUGA